AUGGCCCCGGGUGUAGAGGAUGAAGCCCCAGAGGGCCCAGCGGGGAGCUGGGAGCAGGAGGAUGGAGGGGCUGAGGGCCACUUUGCCCAAGCCCUGGAGGUGGAGCAGGGGGCCACGGGGCCACUGGAGGUCAGCCCUGAGGCCCUUGCUGUGGAGGAGCAGCAGCUGCAGGACGGAGACCCCAGGCCGGCUUCUCUGAAGGUGGGGGCAACUCCCUGGAACCACAUCCUCACCUUGUACAAGCAGUUUCAGAAACUGGCCAUGGCCAAGGUCUGCGGGGCUGCAGGCCGGGGCCCUUCUCACCUGCUCAGUGACCCGGCACACCCUCAGCUGCCUCUCGAGGAAGACUCACACGACGAGGAGGAAGGGGAGGAAGAGGAAAUGGAGGAAGAGGACAGCUCAUUCAAGCUCUGCGUCCCAGUCCCCCUCCAGUCGCCACUGCAUAAGACAUUUAGGCCAAUCGACACAGUGGGUUUUGUGGAGUCAGAGUUAAAGAAGUUUCUGGAAGCACAGCAGGAGUCCCGCCUCCGCCUCCGGAAGAUGCGUAGCCUUGAGGGCCUGGAGCCACUGGUCCCGUCAGAGAUCACCCUGGAGAGCAUUCUGGGUGACCAGGGCCUGCUGCUCCAGGAGAUGGAUGCCCUGGGAAACUGGCCUCCACACUGGCCUCCGAGUGAGUGAGGGGUGCUGGCGAGUCUGCCCCACCGGCCCGGACGGACCUGCACAGGGAGGCAGCCCCUCUCCUUAGGAAACAGCCCAGGAGCUCCGGGCCGGGUCCCGGGAUAAACGGUGCCCAUGCGUCUGCAGGGCGGCUGCCAGCAGACUGUCCCACAGUCGGACGUGGGCUGUGAGGUUAUGAA